GGAAGAAGGUAAAAAUGAAGAAGCUAUGUACUUGGCGUGGAAUGAUCUUUCGGUGAUACUGCCGAAUUCUGGAAACGGGCAUGGGAGAAAGUUACUUAAAGGGCUCAGUGGGCAUGCUGAGCCAGGCAGAAUCAUGGCCAUUAUGGGUCCAUCAGGAUCAGGGAAAUCAACUCUUCUUGAUUCACUUGCAGGAAGACUAUCAGGAAACCUUGUCAUGACCGGAAGUGUUAUCCUUAAUGGGAAGACGAGGAACUUAAACUGUGGUGGUCUUGCUUAUGUAACCCAACAUGACGCAUUGUUGGGAACUCUCACAGUCAGAGAAACAAUAAGGUACUCCGCCGACUUGAGGCUUCCAUCAACGAUGACCAAAGAUGAAAUUAGUGGCAUCAUUGAGAGCACCAUUGAGGAAAUGGGUCUUCAAGAUUGUGCCGAUCGGCUAAUAGGAAACUGGCACUUAAGAGGUAUAAGUGGAGGAGAGAGAAAGAGGCUCAGCAUUGCACUAGAAAUACUGAGAAGACCACACUUACUGUUUCUUGACGAACCCACCAGUGGCUUGGAUAGUGCUUCAGCUUUCUUCGUAGUUCAGACACUAAGAAACAUCGCUUGUGAUGGCAGAACAAUUCUCUCUGCAAUCCACCAACCCAGUAGUGAAGUUUUUGCAUUAUUUGAUGAUCUAUAUCUUCUUUCUGGUGGUGAAACAGUCUAUCUCGGAGGAGCAAAGCUGGCGGUAGAGUUUUUUGCUGAAGCAGGGUUUCCCUGUCCAAAUAACAGAAAUCCUUCUGAUCACUUCCUUCUUUGUAUCAAUUCUGACUUUGACACUGUUGCAACUUCCAUGGGAUCCUGCAGAGUGUUUACUUCUUCAUUGACAUUAUCGUUCUUAAAAAAGAUUUCUAACUUUUCAACCAAGGAAACCCAGAAUGUGCUGGAUCCAGCUACAAUAAUGACGACAGCAGAAAUUAAAGCAUUGCUCAUACAGACCUACAGGGGAUCGAAGUAUGCAUCAAAAGCAAGAGCUAGGAUUCAGGAGAUCGCACACAUUGAAGGGCUUACGAAUAGGAGAAGUGAAGGGAGCCCGGCAAAAUGGUGGAAGCAGCUUUCCACAUUGACAAGGAGAUCAUUUAAGAACAUGUUAAGAGAUCUCGGGUAUUACUGGAUAAGGAUAGUGACCUAUAUAGCACUUUCAAUUUGUGUUGGCACCAUUUUCUUUGACAUUGGAACAGGCUACACAUCAAUCUGGGCGAGGGGUUCGUGUGGUGCAUAUAUCGCAGGGUAUAUGACUUUCAUGUCAAUUGGAGGCUUCCCAUCAUUUCUUGAGGAAAUGAAGGUGUUCUACCAUGAAAGACUCAAUCGGCAUUAUGGCAUAGCCGUCUACAUUCUAGCAAACUUCCUCUCAUCAUUUCCAUUUGUUGUAAUGAUGUCAUUUGCUAGCGGGACUAUUAUAUACUACAUGGUGAAAUUUCGGUCAGAAUUCUCCCAUUGUUUGUAUGUCUGCCUUGAUCUUUUCAGCUCCAUAGCUGUUGUAGAGAGCUGCAUGAUGAUUAUAGCUUCACUUGUUCCCAACUUUUUAAUGGGAACCAUUUUAGGAGCAGGAUAUAUGGGAAUAGUGAUGAUGACAUCAGGGUACUUCCGAUCACUUCCUGACCUUCCUAGAGCAAUCUGGCGUUAUCCAUUAUCAUACAUCAACUAUGGUGCAUGGGCAUUGCAGGGAGCAUACAAGAAUGACUUGAUUGGACUUGAGUUUGAUUCACCAGUCCCCGAUGGGCCAAAACUGAAAGGCGAACUUGUGCUCACAAAUAUACUUGGCAUCAAACUCAAUUACUCAAAAUGGUGGGAUUUAGCUGCACUUCUAACCAUUCUCAUAUGUUAUAGACUUUUCUUUUUUGCCAUUCUUAAGUUCAAAGAGAGAGCUUCUCCAAUUGUACGGACACUUCAUGCCAAGAGAACUCUACAAAAACUCAGCAAGAGGCCUUCAUUCCAGAAGAUUCCAUCGAUUCCUUCCAAGAGGCACCAGAGGCUCCAUUCUCUGUCUUCCCAGGAAGGUCUUGACUCACCAAUCCCUUAAAGAAGCCAGAAAGUUACAAGUCUCUCUGCUCAAAUGACCAGUGGCUGACUAUUAGAGAAUGCUCCAAGAGCUCUUUAUGCUUGAAGCAUCCCAGCACAGCACAUAUUAUGUAUUAGACAUCUAUGGAUGUAUGUUGUGCACGCGUGCCUGCCGCACGUAGAGAGAGAGAGAUAAAUACCAAGUUUUUUUUUGGCAAAUAUAGCUAAUACCAUGCUGCGUAGAGAAUGAUGAGACAAUCAGGGGUUUGGCUUUUCAUUUAACUCAAUGAUACCUCUCAAAAUAGCCAUUUUUCUUUAAAACAAUCCAUUAUAAUAAAAACUGAGCCAUGUUCCAAACUUCAGGAA